AGGCUGCGAGCGAGCAUCGCGAGGUGCCUUGGAGUUCAGGGCACAGUUGGGCAAGCAGGUCCCGCGGCGCAGAGAGAACAUAGGAAGUCCUGAGCAGCGGAGCCUGAGGUUGCAGCUGCGCGAGGCUGGGUGCGCCAUGGCAAGCGGGGCGCAGAGUUCUUCUACUCCGGACACAGCCACUCGGUGGCCCACGAUGUCAAGAUGUCUGCACUUUGAGACUACCCAGUGGUGACGGAGAGAUGACCUGAGGGGACUUCUUCUAUCUCCACAACAAUGUCCAUGAACAGUUCCAAACAGCCAGUGUUUCCUGCAGCUGGACUAAUCGCCAACACGACCUGCCAAACUCAAAACCGACUUUCAGUAUUUUUUUCAAUAAUCUUCAUGACAGUGGGAAUCUUAUCUAACAGCCUGGCCAUUGCCAUUCUCAUGAAGGCAUAUCAGAGAUUUAGACAGAAGUCAAAGGCCUCCUUUCUGCUCCUGGCUAGUGGCCUCGUGAUCACAGACUUCUUCGGCCACCUCAUCAAUGGGGGGAUAGCUGUCUUCGUAUAUGCUUCUGAUAAGGACUGGAUCCGCUUCGAUCAGUCAAACAUCCUCUGCAGUGUUUUUGGGAUCUCCAUGGUGUUUUCCGGUCUGUGCCCACUUUUCCUAGGCAGUGUGAUGGCCAUCGAACGGUGUAUUGGAGUCACCAAUCCUAUAUUCCAUUCUACGAAAAUUACAUCGAAACACGUGAAAAUGAUACUGGGUGGCGUGUGCAUGUUUGCUGUUUUCGUGGCUUUGUUGCCCAUCCUUGGACACAGAGACUAUCAAAUCCAAGCAUCCAGAACCUGGUGUUUCUACAACACUGAGCACAUUGAAGACUGGGAGGACAGGUUUCAUCUCUUGUUCUUUUCUUUUCUGGGCCUCUUAGCUCUUGGUGUGUCAUUCUCGUGCAAUGCCAUCACAGGAGUUACACUCCUAAGGGUGAAGUUUAAGAGUCAGCAGCACAGGCAAGGCAGAUCUCAUCACUUCGAGAUGGUCAUUCAGCUCCUGGCCAUAAUGUGUGUCUCCUGCGUCUGCUGGAGCCCCUUCCUGGUAACAAUGGCCAACAUCGCAAUAAAUGGAAACAAUUCCCCAGUGUCCUGUGAAACGACACUCUUUGCUCUCCGGAUGGCAACGUGGAAUCAGAUCUUAGACCCCUGGGUCUAUAUUCUGCUGCGGAAGGCCGUCCUUAAGAACCUGUAUAAGCUUGCCAGUCAUUGCUGCGGCGUGCACAUCAUCAGUCUGCACAUCUGGGAGCUCAGCUCCAUCAAGAAUUCAUUAAAGGUUGCCGCUAUUUCUGAGUCUCCAGCGGCAGAGAAGGAGAGUCAGCAAGAAUCUAGUGAAGCAGGACUGUAGGUCUGUGCAGGGCUGGAAGGAAAUCGGGGGAGUUUUGGAAACAUCUCAGUCAAUCAGAUCCAUAGCCUAACUGGAACUUUUGGACCACGGUGUGUAGUUCGGGAGUACACUGGAGGGACGCAGCUUCUGGAUUUUGUUGUACUGGCUGCUGCAUGGUUGUGCAUUUUCACUUGUUUUUGUCAAUAGGAGGUAGACGGUUACAAUGUGGUGGAGUUGAGCGGAACGCAACUUUUGAGUUUAGUUGUGUGACUUGUGUUUUUGGAAUAAAUAAAUCUGUUGAAGCCCGAUGCCAAUGAACUUGACCUAUUUUCCAAGAUACCUUAAUGCUACCUAUACCAUGAAAUGGUCAUUUCAUUGACUUAUAGGCUAGGCUCAAAAUGACAAGAGACUCAGUUGUUUGUGUGUGGGGUUCUUGUCAGUUUACCAGUCCACAUGCCCUCGGUCAAUGUCUGCGUGACCAUGACAUGUGGGAUGCACAGUGGCUUGUGAAGACCACUAUAUCCACUGGGUCAGUCUGACCUCGUGAGGCUGGUGAGCAUGGCCGUUUUUGUCACAACUGACACGUGUCCUUGCUUGCGCUGGUUUUUAUGAAGGCCAAUUAUUGUUUGAAGAAUUUUUUUUCUAUAAAGUAAUUGAUUAUCAGUGUUUAAGUGAUCUUCUUUUCCUAUGAAAAUUGUAGAGAAACACAGGCUUUAUCUUAGCACAGAUUCAGCUUCUGGUAGCACACCCACUAUGUCUUAUCGUGGGCUAUGUAAACCAUCUAGAUCCCAGUGGUACAUGCCAAAAACAGGGCAAAUAUUGCAUCAUCUGAGCUGUCAUUUCUGAGUCAGAGAAUAAAAGAGAACCAAUCAAAUAAAGUCUGUCUGCAGCUCGUGUGUUUCUGCUUUACAGACACAGACAUAGGGAAGUUCUGCUGACAGCAGUUUCACUGUAUCUGCUGGACCACAUUUUCAAAGGCCCGUGUUAUCAGUGUGGAGGGGAAGGAUCUGAGAUUAGACAGAGUUGGGGACCUAUUGUUAUAGUCAAUCAGAGAUCAAGGGACAAGACUCUGUCCCCAAGUUUCCCAGUCCUAAUUCACACUUCUUUGCUUGUUUGUGUAAUUUAACAGAAAGAGUUUUGGUUUCGGUAGUCAUCUGGAGCAUUGUAGUUUCACUGGUGACCAGGGUUAGUGGUUAUGUUUGACAAAGAAAUGCAUUUUUAUAUUUAAAAAGUCCUUGCUUUCAUCAAGUUUGGCUGUAUAAAAAUACGACUUCCCCCCUCCUUUGCUAUGUGUAUGGGUGUUUUGCUUGAAUGCCUUUCUGGGCAUCAUGUAUCUUUCCAGCGCCUAUUGAGACCAGAAAAGGGCAUCCGAUCCUGUGGGACUGGAGUUCCAGAUGGUUGUAAGUUACCAUGGGGGUGCUGGGAAUUGAACCCAGGUUCUCUGGAAGAGCAGCCAGUGCUCUUAACUGCUAAGCUGUUCCUCCAGACUCCAAGACUUGCUUUUACCUGUAAAUACUUCAGAUUCUAGAAAUUCUGAGAAUUUAAUAAAAUUAAAUUAGUAUCUUUAUAAAUUUCUGCUUUUGAUUAAUAGUUUACAUUAGAUACGAUUACUGAUUUUGGUAAAUUCUCAUGAGUAAAUUAAAAAAAAUCAGCAAAUAGCCUUGUUGAAGACACAAAGGAAAUUAUUUGUAGUGAAUUUACAAGGAAUACAUACUGUAAUUGUGCAACAAUCUUAACUUAAAGACAAUAAGAACAUCAACAAUACAAUUGAUUCUCAUGUAGAGAAUGUGUCAGAUAAUAGACAACAAUGUCCUUGUGUAAAUUGGACCUGACAUUGUAAAAGGUUGUGCCCAAUUUAAACUUAAGCUGACAACUAUGUGUUGGUUAUUGUGGUGUACACAUGUAUACAUGUAUGUAUGCAUGUUCAAGUGUACAUGCAUUAUGUGUAUGAAUUUGUGUGUCUAUGUAUUGUAUGUGCACAUGUAUAUAUAAUGCAUAUGAUUGUAAAAAGCCAUUACAGUUUGUGAUUGCUGUUAUAUUACAUAAAUGUUAUCAUGUUGAAUUUCAAGAGCACUUACAGCUUGGAAAAACUUCUGGAUGGUUCACUUCUUUUCAGAACCGAUAUUUAUUUCCGAUAGCAAUAAGGUAUUGGCAUCCUAUAAACUGCAACAUGAAGAAGCCAGUCUCCAUCUGCCCUCAUCGUAGUUGCUAAAACUCUGCAAUGCACAUGUCCGUGCAUUUCAGCUGGGGAAAGACACAGAGAAGAAACUUGCUCUGAGGCCCCGGGUCCCUUCUCUGUGAGCCCCUUUCAUGGCUAUGCUGUCACCCUGCCCAUGUGCAUCUGCAAUGAGACCAUCCUGUAACGUCAUCGUGUGGUGGAGGCAAGGCUCCGGGAAGUGGCAAAGGAGUUAAUCUCUACAGAUUUUGGAUAAUUUAUCCAUACUCUCUAAGCCUACUUUUUGGGCAAUUUAACUGAUCUUAAGAUGAGGCUAAACACACAAUGUAAAUAUAAAAAAUUGGAAAAAAAGUUUAAUGUAUAUCUGACUCCAAAAUUCUGUUUGUCCUUGUCACUGUUGUAUA